UGUUUUGUUUUCGCCGUUAUCUUUCGAGAGUUUCGAGUGUUUUUCUUUGUUUUAAAGUUAAUAUUUUCAGCGCAAUACUUGAUUGUGUAGCUCAAAAACGCAAUCAAAAUGGAGAAUAGACUUCCUGGCAGCGGCGGCGAUAGCAGAAACAGAGCCAAUAGCCGUAAUACACCAAGAGGAAACCGAGCAACCAAAAUUACCCGUGAAGUGGACCCAAAUCUCGAAAAUCGUGCAGAAACAGUUGGCCCUACGGCACCGAAUCGUCGAUCGUUUUACUAUUACAAUUCGAACUCAAAUGGGCACUACAGGUAUCAACCAAAGCGUGGAAAUAAUGCUGUUCAAAGGAGGCCGGUUGACCAAAACUUAGCGCCUAUACAACAAUCAAAGGACCCCAGGGUUACGCUUCAGCCAACACAGGGAUGCAGAAGGCCUGUCAAUGAUGAAGUUAUUAAUGUAGUUGAAAAUCCAGUUCCCCAAAAACAAGCAGCUCCAAAGAAAGACAAAGAUAAAACUAGAGCACAAAGGAAGAAAGCGAAAAGAGAAAUGACUAAGGAAGAAAGGGAAUCCAAGAAGCAGAGAAAGAUUAGACAAUUCAAUGAAUUCAGUCAGAAGUACAGUCAUAUUCCCGAAGAACAGCGGCCAUACUUUAUUCUGCCAAACGGUAUUGUGUUAGCUGAACCCCCAAUUCUAUACACAACUGAUCGGAGUGCCAUAGAAACAAAGCCAAAUAUUAGUCAGUUGAGAUUUGUAGCUCUAGACUGCGAGACAGUUGGUGGCUAUGUUGAGCCCCCAAAGAAUCAAUCGGCUAAUAUAGUGGGAAGGGUAUCCAUCGUGGAUGAAAACCUCGAAUGUAUUUAUGAUAAGUUUGUUAAAGCUAGAACAAAGAUUUGGACAUACAAUACUCGAGUAAGCGGUAUAAGAGAGGAGGACAUGUUAAACGGUGAGGAUUUCUUCACGGUGCAGAAAGAGGUGGCGGCCAUUUUGAAUGGAAAGAUGGUGGUCGGUCACAGCCUUAACAAUGAUUUUAAUGUGCUCUUCCUGAGACACCCACAUGUACUGAAACGGGAUACUGCUGUGUACUUGCCCUUGAGAAGAUACAAUAAUGGUAAAACACCAUCAUUGAAGACGCUGGCCAAAAACCUCCUCAAUUUAGAGAUACAGACAGGAGAGCACGACUCUACAGUCGACGCUAUAACCUCCAUGCAACUGUAUCAGGUGCUGGCCGAAGAAUGGGAAGCGUCUUUGGAAAACCAAAUAGACAUUAAUUCGAAAUCAAAAAUUUUGAAGAGUGAUAGUGUGUGGCUGAAUAAAUCUUCUUACAGCAGAGCGGAGUGUGCCUACUACAAGCAUCUGGCAGAGAAACAACAAGAAGGUUCUACAGAUGAAAACGAACCAACCAACGAUGAAAAGACACCAGAAGUUGCAAAAGAAACGAAAUUAAGUUACAGACAACGAAACAAAAUGGAUGGUAAAAACACAAAACCAAUGACUUCAACUGUGAAAAACGGAAAUCAUUCAAAUGAAAGUUAUGUAAAUGGAAUAACAAAUGAAGGAAAUAACGGAUUUAAUUAUAAAAAUGGUUGUAUCGGUAAUGAUACCAAAGCGUUUGAAAGUUCUAAAGUAAUGAUACCGUCUGUCGUUUCAACUGAAGAUCUAACUUAUGCUGAGGUGCUACUGGCUAAUGAUUUGGAUAACGCUAAUCAUUAUCUUAACAGUACUCUUAAACAUAUGGAGAGUAUACAAACUGGCUACAAGCUCAACAAAAAGACGGAUCUAGAAAAGUCGAUUGCUACUUUAAACAAUAACUUAAGUGAGUUGACAAAUAAGAUGAAAAAUUUAGGAUUGAAUGUAUAAAAAUACACGCAAUCUCACCAUACCGUGCCUAUAAAUUGCACAGUAGUUCUAGUAUAGGUUUGUUAGAUUUUCGGAAACUAUAAAAUUUACGUUUUCUCGGAAACUAUGAUUAAACUUUUGACAGAUAAUGUAUGCAGAUGACAAAAGAAAACCUAAACUUUUUUCGUUUUCAAAAAUUGCAAAACCCGUACUAGACGGUCUGAGCGUUACAAAAAAUCAACUUAAAUAUCGAAAAUUUAAAAACGGCUAUAUAAAAAUUGCAGACUGACUCAUCCCAUCGCGCCAUAUUUGGUUGUCUGUCAAUAUUUCCUCCUCCCACCUAUGUAAUGGCCGCCAUUUUGAAAUUGUUUCUUUAUCAGCCCGUCUUGUAAAGGUUUUGCAAUUUUUGAAAACUAUGAAAGUUUACGUUUUCUUCUGUAAUCUGCAUACAUUUUCAGUCAAAAGUCGCAUGAUAGUUUCCGCUAGAGGCGCCACUUUGUAUGCGAGAAAACGUAAACUUUUAUAGUUUUCGAUAAAUUAUCAAACCUGUACUAGACGCUAUUGGUUGUAGUAACGAUGGCAACAAAUAUUGUUUACCUAUAAAUAUGUGUACGACUCUGUCCAAAUAACGACAGGUUUUAGGUUAAGAUUACUUAUCAUUCCAACAGGGUACUAAAUUUAGAAGGAUACAAACAUGGUUUAAUAACGACUAUGGGUAAAGCCAUCAAUAAGCAUCCUAUUUUUUUUUCUUUUAAGUUCUCACUUUUGUUUUUGACAUCUUUUUGAAAUUAAUAAGAAAUUCAUUUUUUUUGCAAUAUCGUAUUCAUGUUUUACAAACCCUUUUUGUUAACACUUAACAGUACCCUACUAGCUAGGUAUAUAACAUACAUGUAUAACUUUUUCUGCUCAAAGUAAUUAGUGUUGUGCCUUAUGUAUUAUUCCAAAAGUAAAAUCGUGUGAUACUUUAAUAUGUUUUUGGAAAAAAAAUACAUGUUUUAUAAGUAACUACGUAUAAACUGUGCCUUUUAUAAUGAACUUAGGUCGUGGACGCUGCAUUAGACGCGAAAAACACAAAAAAAGGCAUAAAGCUACGUACAGAUCGGCCCAACGAACGCCCAACGAUGGAUAUUUAUCAUACAUAAUAUUUACAGGGCAGAUUGCAGUAACGAAGGUCAACGUAACCCGUUCGUUGGCGUUAUUUUGGCCGGUCUGUACGCAGCUUAAGGCGAAGGCGCGGCACAGGCAUCUUCCCGCUUCAAAACGUUUCAAUACAAAUUGUAGGUAAGCGGCGACGAAACGACGUGUCUAGGCCGUGCUGCUUGAGUAUACUUUAUAAGUUUGGUGCUGAUACUAGAUCUAAGCUGUAACCCUGUCAUUAUUGUAUUUUCUUGUAUAUAGCACUGUUUUGUGUAUCUAUAAAAAAAAUGAAUAAACGUGCCGCUUACCUACAUUUUGUAUUGAAACGUUUUGAAGCGGGAAGAUGCCAGUGCCGCGCCUUCGCCUUAUGUCUUUUCUAUGUAAUUCGCGCCUUAUAGUUGCCCAGUAUUUACAGUUUUUGAAUAAAUAAUUGACUUUAAUAAUA